CCUCGUAUUACUGAUUCGCUGUUAACUGACCAAGGAGGCUCCCUCUUGUGCAAAGGUGCUGCCCAGGACUUCGGGCGCGACCAUGGAGGAGGAAGCCCGGGAGGAGCCCGAGCUGCCCAGGUCGACUGCUCCCAAGGACUUCCUCUUCUAUCACAUGGAUCUGUAUGAGUCUGAAGACAGACUGCCCAUCUUCCCAGAGGAAAACACUAGGAUGGGAAGAGAAGUCGCUCAGGCCGAAAUGACCACGGAGCCAAGGGCCGCGGCAAAAUGUCGGGUUCCAGGAAACAUUCUGGAGGAAGAGGAUGCGAUCGCCCGUUUGUACGGCCUGGAAGAUGAUCAUGAGUUAGGGGAGGAGUUCGCAGGUGAAAAUGCACAUGGGAAGGACCUUUCGGAGUUUCCUCCUUGUGUGAUGAGGAGGAGAGAAGCGGCCAGGGAACAGAGGGACUGGCGAGUGGGUGGAGAGGUGGCCGAGGCCGAGGACCUGAGCUUCGGAGGGUGGGGCUCCACAGACCAGUGCCAGAACCUGCGAGAAGCCUACAGGUACACACGUGGCCGGUCCAGCGAGGAGUAUGAAUGCUAUGUCAUCCCAGAGGAGGAGGAUGAGGAGGACGCGCCCACCGUCUUUUGUGUCACUUGCAAAACUCCAGUAAGAGCCUGUGAGAAGGAUCUGGAAGAACACCAGGAGCACCAGGUGACCCCGCUGGAGAAAGCACUGGAAAGUGCCAAGGAUGAAGUUCACAAAAACAUGUUCAAGCUGGAGAAGCAGAUCAUUGAGAUGGAGAACUUUGCGAGCCAUUUGGAGGAGGUUUUCAUCACGGUAGAGGAGAAUUUUGGAAGACAAGAACAAAACUUUGAGUCACACUACAAUGAGAUCUUGGAAACACUCGCUCAAAAGUAUGAAAGAAAAAUUCAAGUUCUGGGGGAGAAAAAGAGAGAGAAGCUGGAAGCCUUGUACGGGCAACUGGUCAGCUGCGGAGAAAACCUUGAAACGUGUAAAGAGCUGAUGGAAACCAUCGAGGAGCUGUGUCACGAGGAGAAGGUCGACUUCAUAAAGGAUGCCGUGAUAAUGGCCGACAGACUUGGGAAGUUUCUGAAAACCAAAACAGAUGUGGACCUUUCUGCCCAGCCUGACUUUGAAGACCAAACCUUGGACUUCUCAGACGUGGAGCAGCUGAUGGAUUCCAUCAACACCAUCCCAGUUCCUUCUGCUCCAGUGAUAAACCCACAGGCCCCAAACUCAGCUACAGGUUCCUCUGUCCGCGUGUGCUGGAGCUUAUACUCUGAUGAUACUGUGGAGAGCUACCAGCUGGCCUACCGGCCAGUGCAAGACAACUCACCCCGAGAGGACCAGGCAGAGUUUACAUUGACUGCCAAAGAAACAUACUGCUCAGUAACAAACCUUGCCCCAAAUACCCAGUAUGAAUUUUGGGUUACAGCUCGGAACAGGGCUGGCACCAGCCCCGCCAGUGAGUGUGCAGUGUACAUGACAGCGCCUUCUCCCCCCAUCAUAAAAACCAUGGCAAUAAGGAGCUGCGAAGAGGCGGCGCUGAUUUCCUGGGACUCCGGGAACCUGAACCCUGUGGACUCUUACACGGUGGAGCUGACCCAAGCAGAAACGCCAGAAGCCUCGGGGGUCACCGAGUCUGUUGUGGGCAUCCCGACCUGCGAGGCCCUGAUACAGCUGCAGCCCAGGCAGACCUACACACUCUACGUGAGAGCCCUCAAUGUGGGCGGGCCCAGCGCCAGGAGCAAGCCUGCCACCAUCCAUACCACAGGUAGCUACUUCCACCUAAACAAGGACACCUGCCAUCCCUGGCUGACCAUUUCUGAAGAUGGGUUUACAGUCAUCCGGAGUGAAAGGAAAACAACAGCAAGGGAGCCACUACCCAGGUGUGUCGCUGUCAGGGGAAAUCUCAUUCCAGUGCGUGGCCGCCAUUACUGGGAGGUCGAGGUGGAUGAGCGCUUGGACUAUACUGUCGGCGUGGCCUUUGAAGGCAUCCCUAAACAGGAAGACCUGGGCACAGACCGCCGCUCUUGGUGCAUGAGGCACACGUUUGCAUCAUCAAGGCAUAAGUAUGAAUUUCUACACAACAAGAUGACUCCAGAUAUAAGAAUAACAAUCUCCCCAAGGAGGAUUGGUGUUCUGUUAGACUACGAAAAUUCCAAAUUGUCAUUUUUCAACGUGGACAUUUCUCAACAUCUGUACACAUUCAAUUGUCAGCUUCACCACUUUGUGCACCCGUGGUUUUCUUUGGGAAAGUCAGGGUCUCUAAAGAUCCACAACGGCAUUUCAAUGCCCAAGCAUGUCGCCUUCUAUUAGACUAUUCUGAGGCUCAGCUUCCUGCCUCUUGUCAGGACCUACCCAUUCCCAGUCACUCCCACCUCAGCUGGUGAAAGGUACACACCCAAGCACUAUGCCUGGCCCACUUCGGCCUCAUUGAUAUUUGGCAGAUGGAUGGAUUUGGGUCCUGCACAUUAUGACCUGUGUGAUACUAGGUUAGUCAUUACCUGUCCCAGCUAUUAAGAUGAAGAAGCAGACUAAAUGAACUCAACAAUCCUUCAAGUUGACAAAUUGUUGAGAGCAUCGGCACCUAUCUAGUCUCCAGGCCCACAGAGCUUUGGUUGGGGGAGACAGACUGGGCAGUCAUUCUUGUAGGAUUAGUCAAGAACAGGCUUAAGCAGGCAAGAGGGUGCCCACAGAGAGGACCCGGAAAGCCAUGUCCCUUCUCUGUGGCUUUGCCAUUACUGUGGAGUCAAUUCCUGUAGAAUUGCCCCUUGGGCUCCUACAACUGUCAUCUCUGCCAAAGCACGCUGCCACAUGUUUCUCAAGGAGCAGCUGGUGGGUUCCCACCGCUGACCUUUAGGCUGGCAGCCCAACAGUUAAGUGCUGUGUCACCAGGACUCCAUGACCUACUCUCUUCUUUCCCCAGAGGCGGGAUUGAGGUUCCCCUAAGGUACGCUCUUUAAAAACACCCAGCCCUCUCCUUCAUAGCACUUGGACUCCUGUGAUUUUAUCGUUACUUCUAUAAUGCCUAGCUCCAGGAAAGCAGGGGCAGUGUGCCUUGUACAUCACUGGAUCCUCAGGUAGACUUGAAUAAACGAGUCCCUUCUUCACAUCA